AUGGAGAAACCAUAUUGGCUUAUGAAGUUGAUUAAACAACACAAACACUCCCCCACAAACACAAACAAAGACAAAACUAAAACACUCAAAAACAUGCGGGUCUAACCCAAACACACUCCCCCUCUCCUUCCAUCAUCCCCUUUCUCCUAAUUUUACUUCCAUGACUCCCAUCUCCAUCCUCCUCCUCCUCCUCCUCCUCUUCCAAGCUCUCACUCCCUCCAUCUCCCUCAAUAUCAGUAUUGGUACCGGUCCAGGUAUCAGUAUUGGUAUCGGCACCGGAACUCCAUCACCAUCACCAUCUCCACCAAAUUCAUGCUCCUGCAAUGAACCCCAACCUUCAGACUUCCCAAACCUCAAACAAUACUAUGCAUACCUAGUCAUCCAACGUUUCAAACAAACCAUAACAUCUGAUCCCCUAAAUAUCACGUCCACAUGGACUGGCUUCCUCCCAUGCACGUACAAAGGCUUCUACUGUGCCUCCCCUCCAUACUCCCCUCAAACUCCCACCAUCUUCUCCAUAGACUUCAACAACUUCCACCUCUCAGCUCCAACUCUCUCCGGCUUCAUUGACAACCUCCCUGACCUCUCUCUCUUCCACGCCAAUUCCAACUUCUUCUCCGGCAACCUCCCCAACCUCACCUCCCUCCCUUAUUUCUACGAGUUUGACAUUUCCAAUAACAAGUUCUCCGGUCCAUUCCCUUCCACUUCUUUACUCCCUCUUUCACAAUUAACCUUUCUUGAUCUUCGAUACAACCAAUUCUCCGGCACUGUUCCUUCCUUUCUUUUCUCAAAAGAUCUUGAUGUUUUAUUCUUAAACAACAACCUCUUCGGCCAAACUCUCCCUCAAAACCUCGGCAACUCACCAGUCGCUUACUUAACUCUCGCCAACAAUGGCUUCACAGGCACAAUCCCAGCCUCACUAUGCAAUGCAGCUGAUACUCUCGCUGAAGUCCUCUUCCUUCACAACAAGCUCUCAGGCUGCCUUCCUUAUCAGAUAGGACUUCUCCGCAUAGCCACCGUCUUCGACGCCGGUGACAACUUGCUCACCGGCCCAAUUCCUUGGUCUUUUGCUUGUCUUCAAAGCAUAGAACAGCUCAACCUUGCUAACAACUAUCUCUACGGCCGUGUUCCUGAUGUUGUUUGUAGGUUGGCCAAGUUUGGACACUUGGCCAACUUUUCUUUGUCAGGCAACUACUUUACUUCUUUAGGAAUAAGUUGUUGGCCUUUGAUAAAGUCCGGUGAGCUUGAUGUCCGGCGAAACUGCAUUCCAGGCUUGCCGGAGCAACGGACGGUGGAGGAGUGUGCAUGGUUUUUUAUGAAGCCUAAAUUUUGUCCUUUGAGUAUUCAUAUUCCAUGCAGUCUUCAUUCCGGCCAUGGAAGUGAUCAUCAUGAUGGUGGUGAUCUUGUUCGGCCUUCGCCGCCUUUCCGGUCGGUUCCGGGGAGAAGAAUGGUGGAGAAAAAACGGCCUUCUCCGGCGAGCUAUGUCUCUUACUCUGCUUUAGCUAAGAAAGAUAAUUAACUAAGUAAAAAUUCUUAAUCAUGAUGAUAAAUGUAUAUUAAUUAAGUUUGCUUUGUUUAA